CAGCAGUCAACAGGCAAUUAGGCGGGGUACACCCUGGACAGAGAGCCAGUCCAUCACAGGGCAACACAGAGACACAGGACAAGCAACCAUGCACACUCACACCUAAGGACAAUUUAGACAGACCAAUCAACCUAACAGUCAUGUUUUUGGACUGUGGGAGGAAGCCGGAGCACCCGGAGAGAACCCACGCAUGCACAGGGAGAACAUGCUAACUCCAUGCAGAAAGAUCCCAGGCCGGGAAGCGAACCCAGGACCUUCUCGCUGCAAGGCAGCAGCUCUAACCACUGCGCCACUGCGCAGCCCACAUCUAUUUUCUAUCAGAAGUUAAUGCAGGAGACAGGUGUAGGAGACUAUUUUCAUGAUCAGCCCGCUUGAAAAACUCAGAAUGACUGAUUAUAACCAGAACAAAAGACAUUUACAAACUGUUUUUCACUCAACCACACCUUUAAUUCAGUGCACAGUAUUAAAUUUAGGUUAAUUGUUUGAUUUUAUCAAACAAAUCAAGAAACUGACCAAAUACUAAAUAUAAAACUUAUAUAAAAAGAAAUGUCAGUUCACAAUAAAGUUUUAUUACACAUUUGUUUUUCAGGAUCACAAAUGAACAUUUAAAUAUAAUUCCCCAACAGCGCCAGGCUGCCCACAGAUGUGCCUGACUUAAAAUCAGCUCCACUGAAAAUACAUAUCAGCUGGUGCAAUAUAUGUAUAUAUAAAAUACUGGCUGACCGAUAUAUCAGUCUAUCCCUAAUAAAUAUAGGUGUCUUUUUUAUGAUUCAUGUGACUAAAAGACUCUUAAGUCCCAGGUUAUAGUCCCACCUUUAAGUCUGGACAUCAUGGAUUUUUGGGCCUUUGCCCACUUUCUCCAGGUCGGAUGGGUGCUGCAGAAACAACAGCAACAGUCACAAUAGGGAGGAAGUUGUAAAUGAAGGCUUUCCUUGAGAAAUCCUACAACCACAUGCAAAAAUGGAUGCAUAUUGUGCUGUCAACUCACAAGAGGGACACAAUGUGAAGUACGGAGGGACUUGCCCACCCAGUGUUAUCAGCUUGUUUAUAAAUGGGCCUCCCAAGAUGUGAAACCUGAAAUGAGCUUUGAACUUUGGCAUCACUGGAUUAGUUCUCCAACCAGUGUUGUCUGGUGGUAACUGCUCACUCUUGCAUCCUGUUGAGCACUAAAAUGGGGCAUUCAUAGUUAACACGAGUUAUUAUGCAAACUCUGUGAAAUGUGCAUGGAAAAUUUCUCGAUGCCAAAGGGUAAACUUGUGCAGACGCUUGUCAAAAACAGGCCCCCGUGUGACAUGAAAUAGUUGGAACAAGCGUGUUUUUUUCCUGCAUGAUGUGCCGUUACACAAGGUAAAACAAACAACCAUUUCCUGCAUGCUUUGGUCGGAUGUGAGAUUUGACUUGUUACCAUUUACACGUUUGAGGGAUUUUAGAUUUUAUGUGUUGACUUUGUGUGGAAAGCUCAGCGGUAACCCUGUGGAGAGCUGGAGCGGAGAGUGUUUAAGCGUCCUCUUGAGGUCAGGCGCUCAGUAGGCGCUGGGCCUCCUUUCCUGCUGUGGAACACUGGAGACUUGGUACAAAACCUGAACCACAAAUAUGUCCCUUCCCCCUUUUGUAAAUCUGCAUUGAUUUGAUAAGCUUUUAAUGAUUUAUUCCAGUUCUCUAUUGUUUUACUGAAGGGCCCUGGUUAGGCGUGUCUCUUAGGGACAGCUGGCAUCAAACAGAACCGCUGGAGGCUAGUAUUGCACAUCUCUGGGUGAUCACUGUUGAGUUAUGACAGUAGGUGAGAUCUGAUCUAUGCUGGAUUGUCUUUCAACUGGGAGGUGGAGCAUGUUGAAGGGACUUAACUUCUGCACAGUCAGCACUGUGUUUAAAAAAGACCGUGCAAAAAGUGCAGCACUGAGGGAAGAAUUUGGUCCUGGCUGUUGCCAGGACACAGCCUUACCAAAUUACGGCUGCUCUAUGUAGCCGUAACCCACUGGAAACUUAAUUAGACAGACUGACAUGUGUACAGCAUCUUCUGAGUUCACAAACAAGACUGUAAUGCUUGCUUAUUUACACUGGUUUUAUAUCCCCUUACUCCUUAAAACAUGCACACACAGGAAGCAGUUUAUUUCUGCUGUAUGAACUGAAAUAACACUCCAUGUAUUGUUUUUGCCUUUUCCUUUAUUUGCUCUUGGUGACACUGUUACAUGUAGCUGAAUCUGUUCAUACAAAACCUUUGCUAGGUCACAUUGUCCUCAGUAUCCCCUUUCCAGCAUGUUUUUGUUGUAUCCCUUCACCAACAUACUGGUUGAAUCGUCUGUUCAGCACGUCAUCAAAUUUUAUUUUUUGCUCUUCAAAUGCAACGUUAAUAUGUUAUCUCUAAAAAUGAAACCAGCCUGAAUGUGUUAUGCCAUGUUGUGGAAGUGCCAGUGCUAACAGUUAGCUUCUACUGGCUGACAUGCUCUGCUCUCUCCUGGCAACAAAACUAAACAAAGCCUUCCGCGGUCACAAGCUAAGGUUGGUAAGUCCAAAUUUCACAGUGUGACGUAGAUCUGUGUUUUUCUUUUGACCCGAGCGUUUUCCCGUCUAUUUUCUAAGCGGAAUUAGAAAAUAGCGUUUUUAGCCCCAUUGACAUGCAUUAAUUUUUUCGUUCUUCCGGGGACCCAUGGUCCGGAUGUAGAUGGGUGUGACUUAGGCUCUCUAUUUGAAGUCACGGUCAACAAAAGACGUUUGGACCUAGAAAACAGAGACUGGUGUUUAGCAAUUUCUCGUUUCGUCCGGCAUCGCGAGUUUCUGGUUCCAGCAGGAGCAUCUCUGGGAAGAUACCCGAGGGGAGGGGUGAGUGUUCUGUGACCUAGCUUUUAUGCAGAUCCGGUAUACAGUAAUCCCUCGCUACUUCGCGGUUCGUUCAUCACGGAUUCGCUGCUUCGCGGAUUUUUUCUUUGGAGCAUUUUUCAGGGGGAAUUCGCAGAUUCGCGGUAUUUUUCACUGAUUUGCGGUAUUUUUCUAUGCGAAAUAUCAAGAAAUUCUUGUUUUUUUUCCAUCAAUUUCAUCAUAAAAUGCACUUUUUGUAAUAAAACUAAAAAAAACAAGUAAAACAUUUUUUUUCUUGAGUUUUACCCACAAAAAGAGAAUGUGAUCCUACGAUAAUUCAAUAGGGAGCGUGGUUUCACAGACGCGGAAGUGAGCGUCUGUGAAACGCCGGCUGAUCUAGGAACCCCCCGAGCGUUCGAGCGUCAACGAAGUGACACGGAAAUGCCGGGCUUUCCAGAAGUAAGUAAGAUAACUUACUAUGAGCUGAUAGUUCGUUGGAUUGAUCGGUAGGUUGGAAACUCUGAUCAUGAAUCUGAAGAAACGAUAACUGAGUGGUGAGCUGGAAAGGCGACUUCCGAUUAUAGCCGCGGUUUGUGACGUAUGUGCGACGUAGAGGGAAUCCCCGCGAGGGGCAUGCUGGGAGUCCCUACUUCGCGGAUUUUCACCUAUCGCGGCCAGGUCUGGAACGCAUCUACCGCGAUAAACGAGGGAUUACUGUAACAGCUGUACAGAAAUGCAGGCGAUGAGGGUUGAAGACAUUUUUCACGUUCAGCAUGCAUGUGAAACUCGGUGUGGCCGAUUGUAUUUCACAAAGAACGAGUAUUAAUGUUUCUCAGUGAACCUCCUCUUUAAGACAAGAUGAUCUGAAAUGUUAUGAAAUCAUUUGUAAUUCUUUACGAACAACCAGAAAUCAUCUUAUCUCCAUUAUGCACAAGACUCUGAGUAAUGACACUUGCCAGAUGUUAUUGAGGGGAAAGUAAACUGGUUCUCACCUUUACUGAUCUGGGUCAAACUCAGGAUAAGUCAACAAAAACAACACUUAAGGAAAAGUUUCUAAAUAUAAUCACAUUUUAAACUACUAUCAAAGUUGUAUAACUCAAAUAAAACAUUUUAUUUCAGUCCGUUCACAAGAUACUUGGGUUUGAUGAGGCUGACUGUUAAAGUUUUGCUAGGUUUUACGGUCCCGACAUCGCGUUCUUAGUGGUGAAAAGACGUAAACGAAUAAGUGUAUUGUGUGUUUAAGUAUGACUUGCUGUUGAGCAAACAUCGGCAGACCUUUUUUUUGACAACACUAUCUUCAACUGAGACGCCUGUUGUUUGAACUUCGGUUAAAAAAUAACUUUAAAAGGAGACGUAUUUGCUCAAUGUAAGCAGGCUUCCUGCUUUUGCACAGACGUAAACGUGUUUAAACGUUAGUGCUCAUCUAUGCAGUAAAUAAGAACCUAAAGGGGCGUUAUUCAGCUGCCACCACUCAUAAUUUAUUCAUUUUUAACUCAGAUGUGACAUUGUCGUGUUUACAUACAUCUACGUAUGUCCAUGCAAGGUGGUACGGGGAUGCUGGGAUCAUUACUUGUUGAAAAUAAACAGAAGUCUGCGUGUGCAGGUUUACAUUUCAUAGUUAUAACAUGGUGGAAAAAGAGAUAAGAGGAGUAGCUUGGAAAGUUUCAAAUGAACUUCAUAUAAAAAGUAACGCAAAGCUGAUGUUAAGGCUUCUCUCAGCUUUCCCCUCUUUGUGGUACAAACCUCCACCAGAUCCUUUUAUGGCACACAUAAAUGGCUGAUUAUAUGCAGAUAAGAUAUUUUAGCAAUGCUUUUUAUUGAUGGGGAAAUAUUAGUUUAAUCAUUUACUUUUUCAGUUGCUUAGAGCAACUUUGACUCUGUACGUGUAUUAUUGUGGAAUUCACACGGGUGGAGGAGGCAGGGUAAGUUUCAUCAAAUCCAAGCGUCUUGUUUCCAGGUUGAAGGAACGGCUCAUGAAAAUAACUUUUAUUUAAUAAAAAAUGACAUCUCAAUAGUGCCAGUGGUAAUAUUUAAUCAUUUAGCCAGGUCCUUUUAAAAUUAAAUGUAAACCAGGGUUUUGCCUGGCUCAAAUUGAGGCUGCGGUGGUACCAUCCUGACCGUGCGCCAGCACAUGCGUACUCUGCGCAUUCAACUGCUUCAAUUUUUUAAAGGCAAAAUAUUUUUUCGUUAAGUGUUCUAAUCUAAGCUUCUGUUGAUUAAUUGAAUAUUACAUUUGACAACGUUUCAAGUGAAACAAAACUGGUUUGAUGCUAAAAAAUAUGAAAUAAAACAACAAAAAUGUCAGACUCUUAUUAUGAAAGGCUCAAUAAUGUGCAUUAGAUUGGUGUUUAGUUCCAUUUUCUGAUUUUUAUAGUUAAAAUAUGUUUAAAUAUUUGACCUACAUUUCAGUAACAUUUUAGGUUUGUAUUAAUAACACUCAUCUUAGUCAAAAUAACUCAUAAAUAUAUCCAGUAAAUAUAAUGCACUUCACUAACAUGCAUUUGUGUUGGAAAUGGUAAUAACAUUUAAUUUCUGCUGCUAGUAAUGUAUCGGCGGCAUGUCUAUUAUGUACGGGUUGGCAAUAAUCCAGUUUAAAUUAUGUUCAAAGAUAGAAGCGUUUGUGAAUUAUAUACUACAACGGCUUGCCGUACUUCCUGCUCCUACUGCGGAGCAGACUUGUAGCAGUCAUGUGACUCGUGUCUGCAGCGGGUCUGAUCCGUAGGAUGCAGAAUAAACAGGAUGGUGGGGACUUUUUAUCUGCUUGUAGAGUUUAGUCUUUCUUAGUUUUACGAUCAUCAUCAUAUAUUUUUCUGUGCGCCACUUGAUCGUGAGACUGCUUCCCGUUAGCUUUAGCAUUAGCCAGUCUGUGUGUAGCUGCACUUUGGAUCCCAAACUUUGGACCGGUUCUGCCUUUGCUGGUUCCUUUAUUUUCCUCCGCUGCAUCCAGAUUUCCACACUGUGCACCAGUAAAAAGCAUUUUUAUUACACGUAACUUACAUUUGCUCAAUAAAGUUCUGGGGAAAAUAGUAAUUCAAAGAUGUUGCACCAGUGCUACGUUUAAAAAUAGAACGACACGCACCGACACCACUGUACAGCCCUGCUCUGAUAUGGAAGAGCCUCGGGGAAAAUCGGGACGUCAAUACAGUGAUCCCUCGCUACUUCGCGGUUCGUUUAUCGCGGAUUCACGACUUCGCAAAUUUUUUCUUUGGAGCCUUAUUCAAGGGAAAUUCGUCGAUUCGCGGUAUUUUUCACCGAUUCGCGGUAUUUUUCUAUGCGAAAUAUCAAGAAAUUCCUGUUUUUUUUUCAUCAAUUUCAUCAUAAAAUGCACUUUUUGUAAUAAAACUAUAAAAAAACCAAGUAAGAAAUUUUUUUUCUUGAGUUUUACCCACAAAAAGAGAAUGUGAUCAUACGAUAAUUCAAUAUAGUACUGUACUGUAAAUAUGGUGUCCCUACUUUGCGGAUUUUCACCUAUCGCGGCCAGGUCUGGAACGCAUCUACCGCGAUAAACGAGGGAUCACUGUAGCACCAACCAUAGAUCUGUACCAACUAGCAAGAAAAGCUAUUUUUGAUCUUUUUCUGCAGCGAUUUCAGUGCUUUUCGGUGCACCGCUGCUGAUACAGCGCCCUGUAGUGGCGCAAUGCUUCAACUGCAGUUAAAAUAACACCCAUAUAGCUGGGGGCAGAGUGAAAUCAGGCUGGGGUGGCACAAAAUUAGCUGGAGGCGGCCGCCACGCAAAUUUAACACAGGAAAAACCAAACUAAAUACCAUCUUAGGAGGAUUUAUAUAGGGAUACUACAGCAUCUGUGAGUGAAAAUCUUUUUUAUAACUAGAAAAAAGUUUUUGUAGACAUGAUUCUAUUCCUGCUUUGACAACAUCACAUCACAAGCUUGUUGCUAACUGUGUGCAGCACAUGAACAUAUACCAGAAGGGUCUUCAGAUUGCAGCAGCGUAGUUGUUGCUUGUGUCUAUAGAAGCUCCUGCUCUUCCUCUGUUUUUAGAAAACCUAACAGAUUGCUAAUUUUUUGCCGUCCUCUCAUAAUAACAACCCCCACUUUAGACACAUGCGAUGCAUGAAUGUGUUAUUGAGGCUGCAGUGAAAAUCUGCAAGUGUCUUGAUGCACCAAGCAGCCAUAAUCAAGUCAGAUGCUUUAGUGUUUGAUCAGCUGAUCACUGGCUUGGCUGUGGUCUGGUUCUGGCCAGCAGACGAUCACUUUUAGUUAAAAACCAAGCCAAGCUGGGAUAAUAAUCAGUACCAGAUUGGUCAGUAGCGGUUUUCAAUAGCCGAUAUGUGGAGGUCAUGGUCAGCCAAUCGCUGAUAUGUGCUGCUGAUAUUUUGGGCAGAUUUUCAUGGCUGAUAUCUAGACAUUUUGUGCCAUUUUCUGAACCUGAAUCAGUUUUUGAACACAAAAUUAAACCAACUGUUGGAUCUUAAGUUUGUGCACUAUUCUGUAUUAAACUCAAAUGUUUAACCAAAGUAAAUCAAACAAAUCAAUUAAACUGAAGCAAUAAACAAAAAUCAGGUAAAUAAAAAGAAAAUUCAGCUGAAAAGAAUGUUUCAGGACAUUUGUUUAACACACAUUUUGAGGAAACACACAAACAUAUAUAUAUACACACUAGGGUUGUCACGGUAACCGGUGUAGCGGUAAACCCCGGUAAAAAAGUUGACAAUAAUAAUUACCGUCUUAUUUUAAAAAAACUAUAUUAUCUCGGUGGGUUUACCGUGGCUGCGGUGUAGGCGCGGUGACCCUUACCAGCCACCGUAUCAUCUGCUGAAGUUGUGCGCUUUGUUGUUUACAACCAAAACUUUCUUGAAGCUAAAGCUGAAAUAAUGGCCAAAGGAGGAGACGGCAGCGCUCAGGAGGACAUUUAAAAUCCCUCAAAGAAGACAAAGUGGGAAGUACGGGCAUCUUUUGGAUAUUUGAAGAAUGCCGAGGGACAGUUGAUAGAAGGCGGCUAUCCUGUUUGCAGCACGUGCAGAAAAAGUGUCUGUGAAAGGCAGCAACGCUUCAAAUCUCAUGACACAUCUGCGUGCCCAUCACCCACAACUCUACAGUCAACGCAAGGCAAGCUAACGUUAGCGUUUUAGCUAAAAUGCGUGAUCCGAGGAUUUGGGUUGAGGGAGAAUGCAACGAGUCGCUAUGUAAAGCAGCCGCAGCGCCGCUACCUGCAUAUAAACCGUGUCGCGGACACCGCCAUGUUGAAAUGACGCUAUGCAUUACGGGGCUCCCAGGGGCAGAUAAGAGUUGGUCUCUCUCCGAGAAUAAUUAUGAAUUUAACAAUGAUUACUGCCUGAUGACAUUUUCCCACAUCUGCAAAGCUCACUGGAAGGACACAAACCGAGGACGACAUUUUCCUGAUAUAAGGUUUAUUACUCAAGUAAGGGUAAAAAAGUAUCUGAUUAGAAGGCUACUUGAGUACUGAGUAUCAUCUGAUCUAGUAUUUUUAAAAUGAUGACAUCAAACAGACAUAAAAUAAGAAGUUAUGGGCAAAUAUUGGUAUUUUAAAGACUAAAGAGGAAAAAUGUAAACAAAUAAACAACAUAAUUACAAAAUAACACAUUUUAGGCAAAAUUUAGACACAAACUGAGGACAAUAUUUUCCUGACAUACAGGGUUUAUUUAGUUGUGUGAAAAUGUAACAUGUUUAAAAAAAUACCGCGAUAAUACCGAAAACCGUGGUAAUUUUGGUCUCAAUAACCGUGAGGUUAAAUUUUCACACCGUGACAUCCCUAAUACACACAUACAUAUAUUAGGGCUGGGCAAUAAAUCGAAAAUUUAUCGUUAUCAAAAUUUCUGACACUUAUCGAGAUAAUUUUUCCCAUGUCAAUAAAUUUGAUAAUAAAAAAAAUGAAAAGAUGUGUGUAGGUUGGCGAUGUUCAUGUCCCUUUAAGAAGCUGUACCACCUAAAGUCUCGUAAAAAUUUAACUCAAAGUAACAUAUGUGACAGCCCCAUCUAGUGGACAACUUUUGUUUCUGCACAUACCUGUAGUUGUCGUCCGUUUAUCGUUAUUGAGGUGAAAACCUCAAUAUAUCGUGAUAUUGAUUUUAGGCCAUAUUGCCCAGCCCUAUCCUCAAAACUAAUAGACUGCAAAGUGUGCAUUCUUCUCAUGGCUAAAAGCAGAAAUUCAUUCCUUUUGAAGUACUUUUAAGUGCCAAUCAGUCAGGGUGAGGACUUAUUAUUUUGGCCACCAACUUUCUGCGAUAGCUAUGUUAUCGUACUGUUUUUGUUUGUCCAAAUAACUUCUUUAAAGGUGUAGUUGACUGAAAAAACAUUUGUAAUGAUUAUUUCGGAUUAUAAUGGGUCAGUCUGAGUUUUCCAUGCAGGCUGAACAUCAAAAUAGUCUCCUACACCGCUCUCCUUCAUUAGCUUCUGAUAGAAAAUAGAUGGUGAAACUCUAGGAUUUGAAAAGCCUGACAGCUCUACAUCACACUGUCAUCAUACAUUCAUGGACUCACCCAUCUUGGAUCGUGACAGGGAAGACUGUUGUUGAUUUACCGUCUUGGAAACAGCAGAGAACGUCCUGACUAGUAGAAGUUAACCAUUAGCAUUAGCAACACCACCACACAGGAAGUCUCCUCCAGGCUUGUGGUCUAUGUGGAGAUAAAACAUCAACGUUGCAGAACACAAGAUGUCCAAACAUCAGGAAAUAAGACUCCAAAUCCUGUCGUCUGGAGCUCAGCUCAAACGGGGCUCACUUCUAGUUCCUGAAACAGGCGCACCAGAGCUUUGGUUCCCCAGAGGAUGACUUGCAAGGCAUAAAUUCCUACUAGAUUAAACAAAUGCUUCACUCCUCUAACACAUUAACAGAAAUCUAAGAUUAUAGACUGCAUGUUCUUGAACGCUUAGUUUAGACCUUUUAUGUAAUCAACUCUGCAUCUGAAGGCUGUUUAUUGCUAAUGCAGUUAAUUAGCUGAACAUUGUAUAACUGCAUCAAGUCAGCAUGUGGUGGGAUCAGCUAUUACGAGACGGCCGAGAUGACAAACAUGAUCUUUGAACAUCAUGACUCACGCUUCUCCGGGAGACAUCCGACAAAACGUCCCACCGCGUUUACUGAAAUCCUCAUGACUGCUGCAGGUUACAGCGGUCGGUCUUUUCAUCCUCCUCCCUGCAGAAAGCAAUAGUCUUCGUACCUGCCAGGGCCGAUGCGUACUGUACAAGCAUUGUGUGGGUGUGUAACGGUGACUAAUCCAAUCUGCAGUCUUAUCCUGGACUCGGUUGUCACCGAGUCCUUAAUCUCUGUGGGGAGAGUGAGAAAUCCUUGCGGUCUUAAGCUUGUGUCUGUCUGUUGAUCCUUGUAAUAGUUUUUAUGAAUGAAUAAAGGGAGUAAACAAAGGAUCCUUCUCCCUGUAUGCUUCCAAAGCUCUACGUGCAAAGGCAGGGUUUGGCUGAGGGUAUUGACAGCUGCCGGUUAGAUUUUAAAGAGCUGCUCUCAUGUUGUUGAUCUGGCUCUGUUGUGCUCAGCUGCUCCGGAUCCUCCUCCAUCCAUUCACAUACUCCUGAGGCUUGGGUAGUUGGUUGCCGGGGGUUACGCUUGUUGUUGAGCACAAUGUCGGAGCACAUGCAGCUCUCCCUCGCCUUGUGCGGAAUCGGGCUUUACACGAUCCUUGCAUCCCUUCCUGAUGUGGAGAUAUUAUCCCAUCACACAGUUUCAUCUGAAUGGAAGCAGGCCUCAGGAAGGACAGACAGGCUACUUCUGAAUCAGUGUUUCCGGGCGCUGUGCUGUAAAGGACCUCCACCUCCAAGACCAGAGUAUGACGUAGUGUGCAUUGGCCUGACGGGCGCUGGAAAGACCAGCUUGCUCUCACGACUCUGUAGUGAGGGCGGUGACGGCAUCGUUCCUACAACAGGUUUCAGCAUCAAAGCGGUGCCAUUUCCAAACGCCAUAUUGAAUGUUAAAGAACUUGGAGGAGCUGACAACAUCAAGAAAUACUGGAGUCGGUACUACCAGGGGUCACAGGGUGUAGUCUUCGUACUGGAUAGCGCCUCAUCGGACGAGGACCUGGAGGCGGCGCGGAACGAGCUCCACUCGGCUCUGCAGCACCCACAGCUCUGCACACUGCCUUUCCUUAUUCUUGCCAAUCAUCAGGACAAACCUGCAGCAAGAACGCCGAGUCAGGAGUUUUCGCCAGACAAGUGUAGCUGCAGGUGUGUUGUGCAGCACAGGAACCCAUCAGGAAGACUUCUCAGUUUCAUUUCUGAGAAUGAAAAAUGCAAGAAACUUUGGCCGGGUCAAACUGCAAAUGAAAUAACUGUGAAUUACAAACAAAUUGAGACAUGAGCAUAAGGCAUACCUGUGUAAUAUUCCCAAAGGGACCUGGCCAUGUAAAAGAACAGCUUGUAAAGGUGUCAUACACACAAAUCUGUCAUAUUCAAAUAGAGCAAUUUCAUAUUUAUUUGCACUUUUCUUUGUCAACACCAGCAAGGUACAGGUAUAAGUAAAAGUAUUGUUUUGUGUACUUUACAAUAUUUGACGACAGUGAAACUGUUAUCAGAAGUUUGGCUUGACUUUUGUUUUUAUUAUCUUUUGUGCAGUGAACAAGUGAAAAAAUUGAUAUUGUGUGAAAUUUAGGUUUUUUUUUUGUUGUUACGUCUGCAGACCCAGAUUAAAUAACUCCUGGAACCUGAUGCUUUUCCAUGCUCUGCUUUUUCUGCAAACAAACCCCAGCCGUUGCUCUGAAUCACUGCACAAAAAUGAAAUGUUCUCAAUCUAUUUGAAUUAUGUAAUAACUAACAAAGGAAAGCACUCAAGAAUGAGUGAAAAACUUUGGCUUUGAGGCAUCUAAACUAAAGGAGAGAUAAAAUCUUCCUUUCUCAUUCAACUCUUUAUUUUUUUUCACUUGCAACACUUUUUGUUGGAGGGGCUAAACUGCAAGAGCCAGAAAACAAAUGAAUGCACAGAAUACUUGGCUGUUCACUCUUCCCCGGUGCAAUGUAGCUACACGAACGUGUAAACUGUCUGAGAUUUGCAGACAUCGCUGCAGGGCAGAGGGAAUUACACUGUCACACAGAGGAUAUGGAGCUGCCGUGAUAUCCUCUUGGCACAUAGUUGAAGACCAUCCAGGUGGAAACUGGUAUGCUCUGCCAGGAGCGAGAAGAGUGAAGUAGCUGCGUGGGAGGUGCUCAUCUGCAUUGGCAAGUGUUGUCUUUCAUGUCGACAGUAUACGGCCCUACCUGUCGUACAGACAGUGAAGGUUUAUUCUGUUAGGUGUGGAAGCAGAGAAAUGUUUCUAGAGGCUUGUUUGCGUCUGUGUGAAGGUUUGCACACCUGGAAAUUUUUGAGGUUGAUUAUGUGUACACUGCUAUCGGAGUGUUUUGUGUUUGAGGCUAGCCUUGCCUUAGUCACCGACAUCUUAGUACAAAUUUCUAAGGCUACAUUCACACUGCAGGCAGUCAACUGUGCAUCAAUUCUGAAUUUUUUUUUCUCCACAUGCGACCCAGAUCUGAUUUUUAUGACAGUCCAAACAGCCCAGAUCCGAUUUGUUUCAAAUCCUAUCUGUGUCACUUUCAUGAGCGUCAUAUGUUGAGGUUUCUGAGGAGAAGCCCUGAAAGAAGGAUUCAGGAGUCUGAACAUCCCGUCAAUUUUAGGAGUUUUAAAUACAGGAGAGCCUGAGAGCGGGAGGUCCUGCUGGAGUGAAGCGUCUCACCGGUCUCCGUGAGAGGGGGUCCUCCGGCGGGAAUAAGGAGUAAAAUAGUUCAAUGUUUUUAAAGCAGUUUCCAGAAAGUCAGAAUGUAAGUUAACCUUGUUACACUGUUCCUGUAACUGUAGAGAUUGAGACCCUCUGGACAUACAAGCUUUUUAUUGAUUCUACUUUAACCGUAGAAUCAAAAUCCUGCUCUAGUAAAAAAUGAAAAUGAUUGUAAGAUGAGGAAAACUAACAUACUAAACAGUUCAGUGCUGCAACAACCCAUUUGUCUCCGUACAGAUUUCUUCUGUUUUUGCAUUUUUUAUGUUCAAACCUAGUUUAAUGUUAGCAAAUAAACACAGAGAGUUUUGAUGAUGUGUUCUGUGGACCUAAUAAAUCAAAGAGGAACUUUUUGUGAUGUUUAUACUUUUGUCACGUCCAUUUAAAACUAAAGCUGCAUUUCGGAAUUUAGAUCAAGCACGGUGGUGGUGGUAUGAUGGUCUGGACUGUGUGCAGUAAUUAAUGGAACCAUGAUUUCUGCUCUCUAGCAGAAAAUCCUGGAGUACAAUAUCUGACCUUUGACCUUAAACAGGAAGUUCAUGCUGGAAAAUAAGUUGACUGAAUUAAAACGAUUAUGUAAAGAAGAAUGGGGGAAAAAUUCCUCAAUGUUACGACAAAUUAUUAUUGGAUUUAGGAUGUUUUAGGAUGAACAGCUUUUCUGCAUAGAGCCAGGUCGAUUUGGACACUUUUACCCCAUCAAUCAUUUAAGUCAUCUUAGAAAAACUGCAUUUUUUAAAUGUACUCAUGUUAUUUCUUUUUAAGAUAUUGAUAUUAGUUAUUUGCCACAAUAGCAAAAUCAGAAGAACUUUAUUUUAUUUUUUCAGCACUGCCUGUUGUGAUUAAAUAAUUUGCUGCGAAUAUCGUUAGUGUUAUUGGGUUCAAUAAUUACUGAUCGUGCAAAAAGAAAAAUAAUCUAGCAACAAAAGUCAUUCAUUGAUGUUUAGAUAAAUUUUAACAAGUUUGCUCCCUUUACCGCUCACUGGAUUGUGGGUUCCUGCAUUAAAGCUUCCAGUAUGACCAAUAUCAUCUUCAUUCAUUGAAGUUUAAGAUCUAAAGUCAGAAAUUGGUGAUGGUUCUACUAUCAGAUUAUCUCUUAAUCCAAACAUGAUCUAAUUAAUAAAAAUAAUUAUAUUUGAAAGAAGAAGAAAUACAUACUUUGAACCAUUCAUGAAAUCUUGAAGAAGUGGGUUCAAGAAAAUGCCAAACUUGUAGUUUUUUGGUUUUGAGUAUCCUUUCUCCCCAGAUGACCGUUGGACUUUAAACAAACUUGGUGCGCUGGCUUCAUUUUUCAUUUUUGAAAUCCUUGUGAAACCUGCUGUGGAACUCGGCCAGAUUCCUACACUCAUCGCUAUAAUGGCCAUCACUUAUAAAAAAAAAGUUGCUGAGUUAAACUAAAAAGCAAAGAUCGGCUGCCAACACAGAACUAAUGCCAACACAGCUUCAUAAAUGAGAUGAUUCUGGUGCUCAAGCUGUUGGACCAUCUUGAACAAAUAUCACUGGUCGUUGUGAUGGAUUCCAUCCCCUAAUCGAAAACAGCAUUCUUUUGGUUUGGUUUUGCCAACAGACCUGGUAAAUAACUUCAGUCAACCUGUGUGCAGACGCACUUAAUGGCCCUGACAAAUUUCUCCCCAAAAAGUGGAGAUGUGAUCGAUAGGAUUUUGAUUCCAGUGUCUUGAACGCCAUGAGCCCGCCUGGGUAUGAUUAAAGCUGAAACACAAUUACAAACAUUCUUCUGGCGAGAUACUUAUUGUGCCAGGGAAUUUAAUGAACCGUGGCGACUAAUGAUUUCUACUCACUGAAUCUGUAAACCAUUAAGCAGCCUUCACAUAAUUUCUAGUUGGAUUGGAGGUGCUUUAUGUACAUUUUGAUCAGGAAUAGCUAAAAAUGCUCCUGUAUUUCUAGAGUCAGUGUGGUCUUGUUGCAUGUGGUUGUUGUUUUCGUUUGGUCUGUACACCGGGACCCCACACAGCACAUGGCACUACAAUGUGAUCUGCCUCUGGUUAUGCUAUUUGUAUAAUCCUUGAUUCAGCCACACCAUAUGUGUUUACAUUAAUUGUGUGUUGUGUUGUAAGGAUGUUGUCGCUAUCUCAAUUUGGCUUCAAACUGUAGAAUUAGGAAGUAGAACAAGAAAAACCAGCAUGGCAGAACUGAUCUUUUUGUUUCUCUUGUCCAAUCACAGCAAAGACAAUGUGUACAACCUAAUUCGGAAGUUUAGCUAUUUGAACACAGCUUCUACAUGCGUAUGAAAUAUUUAGAGUAAUAAUAAAGCAGCAUAUUUACUCCUAACUGCUAUUAAUUAGGAGCUAGCAUCACUAUUUCUCUUUGAUUGCCACACACAUUUGAAAGCCUUCCUAUCAGCAUCGCGUGCUGCGUUGGGCAGUGUUACCGUUCCAGCUCGAUUUUGUGUCUUAAUCACCACAGAUGACAGACGAAUCCCCUGGGCUGUCUGUGCCACAUGAGACGUCCUCGUCAGCGUCCUGUGAUCAGGAUUACCACCCCAAAGAGCUUCAGAGCACAAACAAGAUGGAAAAACACUACGGCGGCAUUACAUGAACAAAUCAUUUAAAGUGGUAUCUUUUAACGUUACCACAUCUGUAACUCAACUGAUCUAGCAAACAAAGCUUUCAGUCAUUCUCGUGCAGAAAGCAUCAACAAAAGGCCUUUGAUGUCAUCACUAUAUGCUUCAAAUGCCCAUAGAAAGUAGCGUGUUCCGACACGAUUCCUCAUCACGUUAGUGCCUUUGAAAUCAAAGCACUUCAAUCAAAUUAUUAAUGUUAAAUUAAUACAUCUGGAUGUGCUCAUUUUCAUUUGUUAAUCAGGAAGUCAGUGUGGUUUCUUAUCUGAGUCAUGUUGGUGUUUCACCCUUUAGAUGAAUGCUUUAUUGGUGGCAUUAUUUGUUGGUGGUCAUGCGUCAGACUGAGGGUGUUUCUCAAUGCCAAGGAACCUCGCCUUGAUGUCUUGGCCUCGACCCGGUUGCCUAGGAGAUACGUCAUCAGGAACCGCCAAGACGUGUUCCAGUGUUUAUGUACUACCGAGGCGUCUGUUCUAGCUGAGCAAGGACACACGGGGAGGUGUCUUGUAGCCUGGCCUUGGUCAAAAAUUUCCCAGAAUACAGCGCAGUAUUUUCAAAAGGAUCAGAAGGCGGCAGCUACUUCUGGGGAAGAUUUCGAGUUUAAAUGUAAGUCAUCUAAUUGUAGCUGUUGGGCUGAUAACUGAAAUGUUAUUUUUUUAGAUCCAAAGAAGUUUUUCUGUGGUUGGUUAGUUGCAGCUUCAGUGGCUAGCAGGUAGUAACUUGCUUACAUAUUUAAUUGAACAAAUAUUUACACAAUUUAAAAAGUCAAAGGCUCAUUAUAUAUUUAUAUUGAAACUUAUACCUAUAAAAUAUAACGUUACCCCACGUGUCAUGUGAUCUUACGUGACCGCGGCUUCCGUGAUGCAAGUCUGUUCCAUUUAACGGUUUUCUUUGACCAAAACAGGACAGUGUCCUUGGAAGCAAGGCGCCUGGCUUCGCAAGACAUCACCUUGCAAAGCCAGGCGCCUUGACAUUGAGAAACACCCUGAGUCACACUUCAGAGGAAAGAGGGCGUCAUAGAUUCAGAUGAAUGUUUUAAUAGCUAGUAUCGAUCCGGUACUAAUUCCCGGUACCUAGGAAUCGAUACCGGUACUUAACGGUACCAAUUUUAGAUACUUUUGAGUGUUUAAUAUUUUAAUUCUCUUUUAUAAUUAAAUAUAUAUUUUUCUCAAUAUCUAACCAUAUUUGAUAAAUAUCACGAUAAAUAACAUACAACUGUUUGUAUUUUAACAUCGUCCUUGUAGUUUUAUAAGCUGAUAAUUAAACUGAAGCAAACAUCUUUACUGUGAACUAAAUUUACUGUGUAUCUUCAUUCCUUUUGCCGUCCUUUUUCUUUUGAUUUUUACUACUGGGAAGUUAGAAUUUUCGAGGAGAAAGCGAACGCACCAUUAGCUGAUAACAAUGGUGGCAAUGGAAGCUAACAUACCAAGCUAACGUUAUCUUAAACAGUUUAUUUAGCUGCUGGAGCAGAUUAAAACGAUGAUGCCUCACACUUAGAUCGUUGUCGCUGGUUUCAUCUUCACCCAAUCACCCGUUGCAUUUAGUAAAGUGAAGCCAAACUUUAGAGCGCGUUCAUGUUCUUCUAGUUGGAAAUUCGGAGUUCCGAGGAGACAGCGAACACACCACUAGCGGAACGGAAGCUAACAAAUCAAGCUAACGUUAUCUUAAACAUUUUAUUUACCUACCGGAGCAGAUUAAGAUGAGGAUGUCUCACUUAGAUCGUUGUCGCUGGUUUCAUCAUCACCCAGUUACCCAUCACAUUUAGUGAAGUGGACCCAAGCUUUAGCGUGCGUUCUUUCUACCGUGCUGCUCUGUUUACAACUGGCUCGCAGCGAGCGACGACAUAACGCUCUUGCGCAUGCACAGCUGUCUAGGCAAGUUCUCGUUAUGAAGGACGGGUACCGAAAUGAGGCACCGUUUCAAAUGACGUGAAUCGGUGCUCGGUCGGUACUAUGGAAUUCGGUCGGUACCUUAAAAAGUACAGAAUUCUGUACCCAUCGCUAGAUGUAAGUAAAUAUUGAUAUGGCAAUAUAUCAUGAUUUUAUUUUCUUGUAAAAUUGAAUCGAUAUUCAAAAGCCAUGUAUCAAAUAUGUGGAAGACUUUACAUGCAAACUUUUGUGUAUCGUCUUUUCUUUUGGUGCAGUUCAAGUGCUGACUGCUAGUUGGCAGCAGUGUGCAGUGGAGUCAUGUUUUUGAAGGACUACUUUUUAUUUUUACUUGACUAUAAAUAUGCUGAAGUAGUGCUUCGCUUACUCAAGUGAUAUAUAUUUUCCACAGUAAUGAAACAUCUGAGCUCCGUUUGUUUCCUUUGAGGCCAUAGAGAUCUACAAUGUCAACUGUAAAGUUUCUGUAAAUGCCGAUCUCUAGCCUCCUUCACAAGUUUAUUUCUGUAAGGGAUGCAUUCAUCCUUGUUCGUUUUAUCCAUUCUUUUGACUCUUUGGCUGCUCCAACUUCAGCUGCAGCUUUUCCUAUCAAUGCGAGUCAUACACCUAAAAUGGCACUAUGGGGGUGUGGCUGACAGGCAGGUCACAUGUCUGACAGAGACAGAUUUAACCCCGUUAAAACCUAAUAUUAGUUACAUAAAUGCUGUUUUUUGGUAAGAAAUGUCUACCAGUAUGUUACAGCCUUACUCAUUUUAAAUAAAUCCCAAUAUAGUUGUGACAUUUUUCACAGCUUCUGAUUUUUUUAGGUAUGAUCAAUAAUUCUACACUGAAAUCUGUGUAUCCUAUCUUCUGUGUUUGAAGUUUUGAUUCCAUGUGGGAUUCGUUCUGUGCUACUUGUUGGGCCUGAGAUGUUUGAUGUGAGUUAACCAUCUCAAUGUCCUCGCCUGCCUCCCUGCCUGCGCCCCUCUUUGCUUCCCUCCUGCAGUGCUUUUUCUGAGGGCCAUCUCCUCUGAACCCAAACAGCAGCACCAUUUGUUCUGCCAGGGCUGGGAAUGUACUCAGCCCUUGUAUUCUACAUUUCUGCCAGCCGUUCUGCAUGCCAAAUUUGUAGAACUUAUCUUCUUUUUUUAAAAAGCAAUAAAAAGUAAAACUAAAACUUUUUCCAUGUGUGAAUCUGAAGUGCCAACAACUGUAAAGGGCAAAGCUACAAGCUAGAUGUGUUUGAUGAAUUCAGAUUGUGUCUUUGCCAACAUAAUUAGUUAAAUGUAAGUAAAAUACUUGCAUUUAAAUUAGGGCUGCACGAUAUUAGGAAAACCUGCGAUAUUCGAUAACAGUGCUUAAUAUUGCGAUAUCGAUAUUACUCACGAUAAAUGAACAAAUACUAAAGUAUGCAGUGUUGAUGUCGUCUGGCGUGUGACGUCUGCUUUGGGUUCAAAGCAAACAAAAACUAAUGCAUGAAUUCCAUUACAACAAAACGUUUUUAUUGCAAAAAUAUGCAGCUGCACCUGCUACUGUAUUAGCAGCUGCACCUGCUACUGUAUUAGCAGCUGCACCUGCUACUGUAUUAGCAGCUGCACCUGCUACUGUAUUA